AAUUUCGAACCAUACCUCCUUACAGCAAAAUUUAAUUGUUUAUAUUUUUACUUUUUGCUAAAUUGACAAAAUUUUGUAAACGAUAAAUGCGAUGUUGAAUUUGAAUUAGGUACCUCGGGGACCUAAAUCAUUUGUUGGAAAUUAUUGUGAGUAAUAAGUCAUCAGCGUUCACACCCUUUUCCCAGUAAAAUGAAAUAGUCACUUUAUGAUCUUCAAUUUCUUCCUUGUUUUAAUUCACCUGAGCUUAUUGUUUACUGUAAGAUGAAAUUGGAGUAUCAAGAAUGUUAGCCCAUAAUUUGGACGUUUUUAAUAUUAUACAGGCAAAGUUUCUAUCAGCAGAAGUAGUAAAAAGUAUUCAUUUAAAUGUAUCUGUAGUGGAUGGCCCAUCUGUAAACAGUAACAGAUUACUUGCUUUAGUAGAAUACAAUAAAUCAUAUGCCUUAUUUGUUCUGAUUUCAUCACGAAACCAGCCUAAGAGUUUUUCUGAUCUUUCCAUUGAGACUGUUGUGCCCAUUGAUGAUAGUUUUUCAUGUGAGACUGAACCGGUGACUGGAGAGAAUUAUGUGAUCCUAAUAAUAAAAUACAAGCAAAGCAAGUUCGAGUACAAUAUUGAGAUUGGAAAAGAAAGUUGUAAUUUCGCAGCCGAAAUUAUUAGGGCAAAAGAAGCUGCUUCAAAGAACGAAUUAAAUUUUACCUGGCUGGAAAAAUAUUUUGGUACUAUGAAUCAAGGAAAUAAAAGUUCUGAUCCUAUAGCUGAACAAUCAGAUUUUGUGCUAAUUAGAGAUGGGAUGGCUCAGGGACAAACAGCAAUUAAUAGGGAAUCCAUGCUUAAAUAUCAGUUAAAACUAAGAGAACCAGAAUUCACUCAGAAACAAGAAUUUACGGUUUUUGUUGGAACAUGGAAUGUAAAUGGUCAAGCUCCUAGCACAUCUCUUAAAAGAUGGUUGGCUUGCGAUGACAAUCCUCCUGAUGUCUACGCUAUUGGUUUUCAAGAAAUCGAUCUUAGCAAGGAAGCUUUAAUUUUCAACGAUACACCUAGGGAAGCUGAAUGGCAGAAACUGGUUACGGAUAGUUUACAUCCGGAAGCAAAAUAUAGGUUAGUGGCAUUGGCCAGGUUAGUGGGAAUGCAGUUAGCUGUCAUGGUUAAUAACCAACAUUACCCUUAUGUUAAAAAUGUUUCAUCUGAUACAGUUGGUACUGGAAUUUUAGGAAAAAUGGGUAAUAAAGGUGGUGUAGCAGUAAGGUUAGAACUCCAUAACACAUCACUUUGUUUCGUCAAUUGUCAUUUGGCAGCUCACGUGGAGGAAUUUGAAAGACGAAAUCAAGAUUAUAAGGAUAUUAAUGCUAGAAUUAAUUUCAGGAGAAAUCCGCAGGCAAUUAAAGAUCACGAACAAAUCUAUUGGCUAGGUGACUUAAAUUAUCGGAUAACAGACUUAACAAAUACUCAGGUGAAAACGUUACUUCAAAGAAAUGAAAUGAACACGUUGCUGAAGGUGGAUCAGCUAAACCAACAAAGAGAGAGAGGCAGUGUUCUUUUGGACUACAACGAAGGGGACAUUACAUUCGCUCCUACGUAUAAAUUUGAUUUAUACACGGACGUGUACGACACUAGUGAAAAAGCUCGGCCUCCUGCUUGGACCGAUCGCAUUUUAUGGCGAGGGAGGGGAGUUCAUCAAGUUUCUUACAGAAGUCACAUGGACUUGAGAAUAAGUGAUCAUAAACCAGUUAGUGCUUUAUUUAAAUCCGAAAUCAGUGUAGUAAAUCCUGUUCAGUAUCGAAAAGUACACGAAGAUUUAUUGAAAAAAAUGGAUAAAUACGAAAACGAAUUCCUGCCUCAAGUAACGGUAGACGAGACUGAAGUUGUGUUUGACUUAGUUAAAUUUAGAGAGCCACAGUCCAAAAGGAUUAUUAUAGCGAACACAGGAGUGGUGCCAGCAGAGUUUGAAUUUAUUAAGAAGAAUGAUGAAGCUUCUUAUUGUAAAGAUUGGCUUAGAAUCUUGCCUUAUUGUGGUAGUAUAAAUCCAGGUGAAAAAUGUGAUGUAAGGUUUGAAGUAAAUUUGGAAUCAGAUUUAGAAGAUAUAUAUGACAUAUUAGUAUUACAUCUUAAAGGCGGUAAAGAUAUGUUUAUAACUAUUAUUGGUACAUGCCAGAAGUCCUGCUUCACACAAUCGCUGUCUUCCCUAGUUAGAAUUAAAGUGCCUAUUUUACAUUUAAAUAUGGAUGAAUACAACUUAGCACGUAAUGAGAAAUCAGUUAUACACUAUUCUGUACCAAAAGAGUUAUGGCAUUUAGUAGAUCAUUUGUACAGACACGGCCUAAAAGUAAGAGAUUUAUUUGAAUCAUCUGCCCUUCAUGAGGAGUUAAUACGGAUCAGGGAUUGGCUAGAUUGUGGCUCACAGGAUCCACUCCCUGGUACACCCCAAGCAGUAGCAGAAAGUCUCCUAUUGUUUUUACUUUAUACCAAAGAACCAGUGAUACCAUAUGAUUUACAAGAUAUUUGCGUAAAUGCAGCAAGCAAUUUUGAAAAUUGUCGACAACUUGUUCUAAUGAAACUCAACGAUAUCCACCGAACAGUAUUCCUCUACAUAUGCCUAUUUCUGCAAGAAUUGGUCAAAUAUAGCAACGACAAUGGAUACGACGCCAAGAAUCUUGCAUCAUUAUUUGGGGACAUUUUACUUAGAGAUCCCAUUAGAAACUCAAAACCACAAGCAAGUAGAGGAAAAUCGGCAUUUGUUUACAAUUUUCUUGUAAACGACUUAAGCUCAUCAUUACUCCCUAAGUAGCUGUAACUGAAAUUAACUUAUUUUUAUUAUGUUAAAAUCUCUUACACUUAACAAAUAAGCUUAAAAUAACUUAUAUUUCUUUCAGUGCAUCUGCAAACCACGAAAUAUAGCGGUAGUAGUUACAUUUAUUGUAAAUGUCAGUUAGUUGACUUGAGCAGUUAAGUAAAAAAAAUUAAUUAUUUUUUUUUAAACACUCACUAACAGGGUGGUGUUAGAGAAAUAAAGUAUUUAUUGUAACAAGUGUA